AUGCUAUCAAUCCUCAAGCGUAUAUAUCGAUUACCUGAGCCACAACCGAAACGGUCGAGGCCGUUACGAGUGAUAUGUCUCGGCCUUCCUCGAAGUGGAACGGAGUCACUCAAAGGCGCCCUCGAAACCCUUGGAUUUGGCGGAGUGGCACAUGGCUUCGAGUGGUGGCUUCAUCAUCCAAACCACAGCGCUCUCUAUUGCGAACUAUUACUGCUGAAGCUACAAAAACGUAUGCCAAGCCCAGAGGUUAUUCGAGAACUUUAUUUUGAUCGACUUCUCGGUGACAUGGAUGCUUCUACCGAUGUUCCUACGGUUUGGUUUGCAAGCGAACUUCUCCAGGCAUACCCCGACGCCAAAGUCAUUCUGAACCGGCGUCGUGAUAUACAGGCUUGGAAAGAGAGCUUCCGCGCAUCGUUGGUUCAUGCAGAAUUAUUCUGGGGCGUGUGGCUGACUCGUCUUGGACAUCAAACACUUCUUUUCAGGGGCGACUUUGAAAAGAAUGCCGAGAAAGCGUAUCGAAAUCACUACGAGGGUUUAGAAUUGAUAUUGAAAGCCAACAACCGAGAUUAUCUCGAUUGGUCCGUGAAUGAUGGCUGA